AACAAUUUCCAUCGCUAUUAGUUUGCAAACACAAAUUGAAACUCGAAUUCUAGAAAUAUAGAUUUCAUUGAGGAAAUUACCGUUAAGUGGUAUCUUAAAAUAUACAGUUGAAGUAGUACACAAUUUUGUUGUAGAACUUUGGAAAAACACAGUGCGAAAAAUAUCAAAAUGAGUACCGACAGCGCCGAGGAAACGGUGAUCCAUUCCACUGUUCCCCAUUUGGAGAUUAACAUAUCAAACACCAACAUCAGCGGCCAGAUUGUUUUAAACGACGUGCUGCUCAUGGAGAUGCUCGCCCGGUAUCCCUUCCUCAUCAUCCCGCAGGUGGAGCCCAAAAUGGACGUUGAGUACAACUCCUGGGGAUGGGAUCAGCUGACCAAGUCCUUUAACCAAAGCUACGAGAGCGUUGAGCUAAGUACUCCGUUCUCCGUAACUGAACUGAAGCUGCGGUGGGUGAAGCUGCGCCCGCUGCUCAAAGCCUUUGCGGCUGUCAAAGGGCAAAUCCCUGAACCUCUGUGGCGGGAGAUGAACGAUGUACACAAAUUGCAAAUCCCUGAACCUCUGUGGCGGGUGAUGAACGAUGUGCACAUUCGCAUGCAAUCCGCGAAGCCGGCGGAUGUGCCGAAAACCAAGUGUCAGGAGUUUCUUCUCAGUCAGUUGCCCUUCGUGAAAUCUCUGUCGCCAGCGGAACGCCGGCAUUUAGAAGUGGAGGUCCUCGACCUCAUCCUGGAGCAAGAGCGCCAAGAGAAAGCCACUCGACAGCUGGGUCCUAUGGAACAGAAGACAGUUCAGAGCGAAUACGAGGAAUUUCUUAAAGCGAUACGGGUGAAAGAGCUUCCAGCGAACACUUUACUUCGUCCGGCAAUUGACGGAUUCCGCAUUAGCCCACGCAACAUAAGACCCAACGUAGCAAGUGCCAAUAAAAGAAUAAGCUAUAAUGGUGUUAGCAAUGAAUCAAAUGAUGUCAAAAUCAAAACAGAAACAGCGAUAGAGCCUAAAAUUGAAGAUGCAACAAAAUUUGACGAACGACCGAUAGAAACACCACGCUAUGUUCCACUUAAAAGCGCGAAAUAUUACAUUAAAAGUUGUCGCAUCCGGGUGAAGCGAGUGGAAAUUGAUGAUUAUUUACCCUUAGCUAGAAUACUGCGCUCCAGGCGGCCUACGCUGAGAACAUGACUUUCUUUCGUAUAAAAUGCACAUAAGUUUAUUAAAAAAUACAUUACUAUAAAUUACAACUUAAAA